AUGGUUCCCAUAGCAACACCACAGAAAUUCAAGAUAAAGGUUUUACCAAUGGAUGAUGGCACUCCAGUUCUGGAGAAAAAUCUUGGAUUACAGUUCCUGGAAGAAUCCAGAAAUAAAAUAUCCAACCUGAUCACAAAUCAACAAUUAAAAGCGUCUGAUGAAGAUACUGAGGAUGAUGGGAUACGUUAUGUCAUCAAAAAACCUACCAAAUAUGGUCGUAUUGAGAAAACAACGAAUGCCGGACGACCAAUCAAUGUCUUUACUCAAGAGGAUCUAAAUUUGGGAAGAAUUCGUUACGUUCUAACUCGUAACUCAUCAACCAAUCAGGAUAGUUUCACCUUUGACCUGCAGGACAGCAAACCAAAUAUAGUUCCAGGGAAUAAUUUCUAUAUCUUAUGGUCUGUGUUGAGUUUUGAGAAGUUACAGUAUAAUAUAACAGAAGACUCAGGUAUUAUACAGAUACCUGUAACGAGACGCGGAAAUAUGAAACAGUAUUCAAUAGUUACAUGUAAAACUGUACCUGGAUCAGCAACAUCUGAAGAACUGGCACCCAGACCUGGUGUUCAAGACUUCAUAUCACACUCUGGACAGGUUCAGUUUGAUGACUGGCAGGAAACGAAGAUGUGUACGAUUAUUAUCAACGAUGAUUCGCUACACGAAGGACCAGAAACUUUCUACGUAGAUCUCGACACGCCCGUUUAUUCCAUAUUAGGUGAUAUGAGAAAAACUGCUGUUACAAUUUAUGACACAGAAGAUGUGAUCAGGGAAUUAAAUACAGUGUAA